CCCCCCUUUUUUCUGACAGAAUUUCCUCUCCCACCCUCCUCCCCCCUUUCUUUCUUCGCGCUCAUCAGUUCGCCCUGUCAUCCUUUCUUUCUAUCGCUCUCCUUCAAUUGAUAAUCUACUCGUCCAGCUUCUUCGCUCGCAAAAUAUAUAAGAGUACUCUCGCCUACAUAGCCGUCGCCUUUACACAGUGGCAAAAAAAACCACCCCUCCUCUCUGAUCAAAUCAAAAAAGAAACCAACGCAAUGAGUCUCGGCAAAACGCACCCAUCCGAAGCAGUAUCGCCUUGCGCAGAAUCCCGCAGUGUCAUCGACCCAGACACCUACUUUGACCACAACCAGCCACCAUCGAACCUCCAAUGGGCCCACACCGCAACCCAAGCCUUUCUCAAACAGCAGCCGGCCAACCAACGUGUAGUACUGAUAACCAGCGGCGGCACAACGGUUCCGCUAGAAAACAACACCGUGAGGUUCGUCGAUAAUUUCAGCCAAGGUACACGCGGAAGCUGCUCGGCCGAGCAGUUCCUGGCUAUGGGCUACGCUGUGAUCUUCCUGUACCGCGAAAAGUCCCUGCAGCCCUUCAACAGACACUACUCGGACAGCACAAAGGGCCUCUUAUCCUAUCUUGAGCUCAGCCCCGAGGGCGAGGUUAGGGUGAAGCCUGAGUGGGCGGAUAGGGUGAAGGGUGAUUUGGGGCUUUAUCAGCAGUACGUCGAGGGAGGGAAGCUUUUGAUGAUUAAUUUUACGACCUUGUCGGAUUACUUGUUUUUGCUGCGCGAAGUCUCCCUUUUGCUGGCGCACCUGGGCCCCCUGGCGAUGUUUUACUUGGCAGCAGCAGUCAGCGAUUUCUUCAUUCCUUCGCAUAUAAUGUCCGAGCACAAGAUUCAAUCAGGUGACGGUGAUCUAACCCUGCGUAUGAACCAAGUGCCCAAGUUCCUGGGUCCUUUGGUGAAAAACUGGGCGCCGGAAUGUUUCAUUGUUUCUUUCAAGUUGGAAACCGACCCACUGCUGUUGGGUCCCAAGGCUAAAUAUGCUUUGAAGAAGUAUGGUCAUCAGAUUGUUAUUGCUAAUAUGCUGAAUACGCGCAAGUUCCAGGUGUGGCUGUUUACAAGGGAGUCUGAUGAUGCUUUUUUGAUCCAGAUUACCAAAGAGCAGCUCGAUGCUGGCAGGGAUAUCGAGCAGGAUCUUGUGGAAGAAUUGUCGAAAAGACAUUUGCAGCUUGUCGAGAAUACAAAAUUGGAUGUUUAGAGUAAAAUACACAGAGCAGUAGGAUUGUUUUUUUGUUUUUGUAUUUUUCCUUACAUAGUAGUAGAAAAUUAUCGAUAUCUUAUCUAUAAAUAAAUAAAUAUAUUCCCGCUU